CCUGCGCCUCUAGAGCUGAGCAUGGGAGCGCGCCCGUGAAACUGACUAGCCAGCCCUCAUCUCUGCCCGCGGACAUCUCUCGUCUCCCGCAGCAACAGCCGCCCAGGACUUCUACGACAGCUUCUGCAACCAUGGCCACCUCGGCGAGCUCCCACUUGAGCAAAGCUAUAAAACAAAUGUAUAUGAAACUACCGCAGGGGGAAAAAGUACAAGCCAUGUACAUAUGGAUUGAUGGGACUGGCGAGUACCUGAGAUGUAAAACCCGGACACUGGAACGUGAGCCCAAGAACAUUGAAGAUUUACCCGAGUGGAAUUUUGAUGGCUCCAGCACUUUCCAGUCCGAGGGCUCCAACAGUGACAUGUACCUUGUGCCAUCCGCUAUGUUCCGGGACCCUUUCCGCAAAGACCCCAACAAGCUGGUACUCUGCGAAGUCUUUAAGUACAACCGCAAACCUUCAGAGACAAAUCUAAGGCAUACCUGUAGCAAGAUUAUGGACAUGGUGUCUAACCAGAACCCUUGGUUUGGGAUGGAGCAAGAAUAUACGCUUCUUGGAACAGAUGGACAUCCAUUUGGUUGGCCUUCCAAUGGCUUUCCGGGACCGCAAGGUCCGUACUAUUGUGGUGUUGGUGCAGACAAAGCCUAUGGCCGUGACAUUGUGGAAGCCCAUUAUCGGGCCUGUUUGUAUGCGGGCGUGAACAUCGGAGGCACAAAUGCAGAAGUGAUGCCAGCCCAGUGGGAGUUCCAGGUGGGUCCCUGCGAGGGGGUCGAAAUGGGCGACCACCUCUGGAUUGCCCGAUUCAUCCUUCAUAGAGUAUGUGAAGAUUUUGGUGUCAUCGUGUCCUUUGACCCCAAGCCCAUUCCUGGGAACUGGAAUGGAGCAGGCUGCCAUACUAACUUCAGCACCAAAUCUAUGAGAGAGGAAGGCGGUCUCAAACACAUUGAAGAGGCCAUCGAGCGGCUAGGCAAACGCCACCAGUACCACAUCCGUGCUUAUGACCCUAAAGGAGGGUUGGAUAACGCCAGGCGCCUGACUGGUUUCCACGAGACAUCAAACAUCCACGAAUUCUCUGCCGGAGUAGCCAACCGAGGCGCCAGCAUCCGCAUCCCGAGGAACAUAGGCCAAGAGAAGAAGGGUUACUUCGAAGACCGCCGACCCUCUGCCAAUUGUGACCCUUAUGCUGUGACCGAGGCGCUCGUCCGCACUUGCCUCCUCAACGAAACUGGGGACGAGCCCUUUGAAUACAAGAACUAAGCGGACUUUGCCCCCACAGGCACCCACUCUGUCCCUCCUUCCGUAUUUUCUCUGUUCUAGAUGUUAAUCCCGAGGGCAUGAGAAACCAUGUAUGUGCCCCCCACCCCUCCACACACACACACUCAUUCUGGGUUUUUUCCUUGUGGGAGGGGGAAGUUUAGUCUCUUUCAGUGUUUAUUCUGUUGCUCAAGGGGCAGAAGAGAAGUGGAAGAGUGGGCAUUAGAGGGGUAAAGAAAACCCAUUAACCACUAUUUUGUCUAAUUCAUUUGUACAUCUUGACCGUGUUCAGCAGCUUCCAGGAACAGACCAAAGAGGGUAGAAAUUUUAAGGACGUCUAGGGCCUAAGCAUCUCCCUCUCUCAUAAUAUUUUCUUCCUGAGCACUACUGAAAUCCGUAAGAAAUGUAUAAAGGGCACAGUUUGCUUCAUUGGCAUCGGAACUGGGACUGCGCACCCAGUGAAAACCAGAUGAGUAUUUUCAUCAGCGGUGAUGCAGGACAUAUUCUGUGUCCUCGAUCAAGAUUUCUCAAGGGCAAAAGGGUGUCUUAACAGCCUCAUAUGUGGGAUACAGAGUACAUGAGCAGAUGUGAGACUUUUUGCCAGAAUCGAAUUUCCAGUCAUUCUUGCAAUUCACUGUCAGGUUUUAAACCCCAAAGUUUUUUGUUUUUUAAAAUAAACCUACAAGUUUCUCAAACAUUUUGAUCUGUCUUGGAAGCUGUCUGAUUUUCUGUUCCUAACACAGAGUGAAGUAGUAUUUUUAUAUUUAAAUGUUUUUAAAAAAACAAAAAAAAGCCACUAAAUCAGCCGUUUAUGGAAGGGCUGAGGUCAUUGCAGGUGUUAGCUGUUUUCAGUUAUGGGAUGGGAAGAAAAGGAAGAGAAAAGACUUUUGGGGGGAGAGAGAGAGAGAGGAAGGAGCUGCAAUUUUCUUUUUCUGUUCCAAGCUUAGUUUUGGUGGUUCAUUAAGGACAAGGAGGAUAUCAGUUUACAAGCUUUGUAAGUUAAAAUAGGUAUUAAUUUUUUUUAAUUUAAAAUGGAAGCCAUUGGGCUGUCUGGGCAGAGCUGCGUGCGGCUGGCUGCAGCAAUGAAGAUGCGUUUGUUUUUCAAUAGUUGGCUGGUCAACUUUCUCCGUGUUAUUGACAAGGAAUUCGCAGGGGGGUGGGAGGGGAAGGAGCACGUUAAAAUUUCCGAUAGGAUUUGCAUGGCAACUGAAGCAGGGCUUUUGAUAAAGAAGAAGAAAAUGGAUUUUUAGAUUUUAAAUAACAUGUUUUUAGGGGUUUCUAAAGUUGUACAGUUUUACAGAGACCACUGCUGUUCCAGUAGGUACGUCCUGGCAUUUGAAAAUGCCUGCCACUUCUUGCCAGGACCUCCACUAACAAACUUAGUUGCUCUCAAAGGUCAUGCUAGCGGGUUCAGAAGUUCUGGGAUCUUGUAAUUUGGUAUCUUGGAUGGUGCCGAACAUGUUCCGCUGCUUUCGGACUUUGGAAUAGUUUUUUUUUUUAAAUAAAAAAGUCAAACCUA